AUGAGAUAUGGAACUACUUUUCAGGUGGUCGAUGGUCAUCAAUCACUUUAUCUGUUAGAGAGAGGAAAGAAUAAAUUGAUGGAUGGGAGGGUUGUUUUCCCUGGUUCUUUAUUACAUGCAAUCCCACAUUCAGCUCAACGAAUAUCGGGAUUGAGUGGUAUGGUUAUGAAGCCACUUCUCCAUGAGAGGAAGAGGGCGAGGAGGAAAAUUGAUGUGUUAUCCGGUUGCGGUCAUGGUGAACUAUUACCAUCAUUUUCAGUAGCAAUUUUAUUGUUCCAUCUACCAACAAACUUCUGUUUGGAAACUGUCGAGCUAGAAAUCAGAAAUCACAAAUCACAGGGUUCUGUUCACGUGAAUUUGCCUUUGAAUGCCGAUGAAGAUGACAUUGUCACGACACUAGAAUCGACGUUAGAGAAGUUUAAGAAUGUCGAAAGAUGCCAAGAAUCAGUGGGCUGCCUCAGAAUCAAUGAAAACAAUAGCUAA